AUGGCCACCCGAGAGAAGGCCAGAGACAUGGUCUUGUCUCGACGUGAGGUCGAAGGCAUGAUUGCGGAAGACAAGCUCAUCAUCAUUGUCGACAACAAAGUCCUCAGACUCGAUGCUUGGAUCAAAUACCACCCUGGAGGCGAUAUGGCCAUCAAACACAUGGUUGGCAAAGAUGCUACCGACGAAGUGAAUGCACUUCACUCCCAUGAAGCUCGUCAGCGCAUGGACAAAUUCCAAAUCGGCCGCAUCGAAGGAAGAUGGACCAAUUUCACGCCUCCCAUCCAAGGCGGUCAUUUCCGGCCAUACUACGAAACAGUCGCAGGCGAGACCGAGAACUUACUGAACUCUGACUUCUCAGGUGAAGAAAGCUCAGCACCCCCUUCGCCAAUUUUUGAGGCAGAGGACGACACUUUCGGCCUCCGGCGCAGACUAUCAGUCUCAACCAUCUCCUCGGCCCUCAGCGCAAUCCCACCUCCAGCAAAAGAAGAAAGGCCCCGGGGCUACGUUAUUGACGCCAGAACCCAAGAAGAGAUCAACCUAGAUCUCUCCAAAUACCCAGCCCUAGACGCAAAGCACCAAGAAAACAUCACCCAGAAGUACCGGCAACUAAAUGAACGCAUCCGCGCCGCCGGUCUCUACAACUGCAACUACUUCGCCUACGCCAUCGAAAUAACCCGCUACACAAUAUUCUUCAGCCUCUUCCUCUUCUUCCUGAACAGAUCCUGGUUCUGCCUCUCAGCCUUCUUCCUUGGCUGUUUCUGGCACCAGCUGGUCUUCUCCGCCCACGAUGCCGGUCACAUGGGCAUAACACACAACUACCAAGUCGACACAACAAUCGGCAUGAUAAUUGCCGACUACUUAGGUGGACUGAGUCUGGGCUGGUGGAAACGAAGCCACAACGUGCACCACAUCGUGACGAAUGCGCCAGAGCACGAUCCCGACAUCGAGCUUAUGCCCUUCUUCGCGCUUUCGCAUCGCUUCUUUGGGUCUCUGCGGAGUACUUACUACGAUCGCAUUAUGGAGUAUGAUGCCUUUGCCAAGAUCACGGUCAAAUAUCAACAUUAUAUGUACUACCCGAUUCUUCUUUUUGGACGCUUCAACCUCUACUUCCUCAGCUGGGAACAUAUCAUCUGCGGUCUGGGUCCGAAGCACGGCGCUGGGUGGUGGCAUCGCUGGUUUGAACUGGCUGGUCAGGUGUUUUUCUGGAGUUGGUUUGGGUACGGUGUUGUCUGGUGCAGUAUUCCUAGUUGGUGGAGCCGGGUUGCGUUUGUGCUUAUUUCACAUAUGGUGACUGCGCCGUUGCAUGUGCAGAUUACGCUUUCGCAUUAUGCUAUGUCAACCGCUGAUCUGGGGCCGCUUGAGUCGUUCCCGCAGAAAAUGUUGCGGACGACUAUGGAUGUCGAUUGUCCGACUUGGUUGGAUUGGUUCCAUGGUGGUUUGCAGUUCCAGGCGAUUCAUCAUUUGUAUCCCCGGAUUCCGAGGCAUAAUUUGCGCAGGACCCAGGAAUUUGUUAAGGAGUUUUGUGCUGAGGUUGAGAUUCCUUAUGCUGUUUUUACUUUCUAUGAUGGUAACAAGGAAGUUAUUGGGCGCUUGGGGGAUGUUGCUAAGCAGGCUAGGAUGCUGGAGGAGUGUCGGAAGGCUUGUGCUGAGCAGGGUGUAUUCACCGAUCACCAUCAUUCGCAUUGA